AUGGCGAGCGUCAAGGGCCUGGCCCCGUGCCAGUGCGCUGUGGCCGCCGCGUCGUACCCGGACUGGGAUAGCGGCACCGGCAUGCGCCUCUUCCUCAUGCCUCGCCUUUAUGCGGGCAGCAUGGGCCUGCUGGACAAGCUGUCGGUGUGGCUGGGGCGCGGGCGGACCGAGGUGACGGUGCUGGUGCUGGGGCUGGACAACAGCGGCAAGAGCACGCUGCUGGCCGCGCUGCGCCCGCCCGACCCGCGCCAGCCCGCGCCGCAUGCUGCGCCUACUGUGGGACACGCGCAGGACCACUUCACCAGCGGCGGCGUGUCGUUCAGUGCGUGGGACGUGUCGGGCGCGGCGCGGCACCGCGCGCUGUGA